AUGGAGAUGGAAUCAAUGGCGACGGCGAUCGGAGUAUCAGUACCGGUGCUCCGAUUUCUUCUAUGUUUCGUCGCCACUAUUCCUGUCGGAUUCUUACAUCGCCUCGUCCCUGGCGGGGCCACCGGGAAACACUUGUACGCCGCCGUGACUGGUGCCGUGCUUUCUUACUUAUCCUUUGGGUUUUCUUCGAAUCUGCAUUUUUUUGUGCCGAUGUUAGUCAGUUACGGGUCAAUGGUGCUUUAUCGGAAGCGAUGUGGCUUAAUAACUUUCUUCCUAGCAAUGGGUUACCUCAUUGGAUGCCAUGUAUACUACAUGAGUGGGGAUGCAUGGAAGGAAGGAGGUAUUGAUGCUACUGGAGCUCUUAUGGUGAUAACAUUGAAAGUGAUUUCAUGCGCUAUUAAUUACAAUGAUGGAUUGCUGAAAGAGGAAGAUCUUCGUGAAUCUCAAAAGAAAAAUCGAUUGCUUAAGCUUCCCUCUUUAAUCGAGUACGUGGGAUUUUGUCUCUGUUGCGGAAGUCACUUUGCAGGUCCAGUUUACGAAAUCAAGGAUUACUUGGAUUGGACAGAAGGGAAGGGGAUUUGGACGAAAUCUGAGAAAGGUUCACCAUCACCUUUCGGGGCGACCCUUAAAGCUCUUCUCCAAGCUGGUUUUUGUAUGGGUUUGUACUUAUAUCUAGUACCCCAAUAUCCACUAUCAAAAUUCACCGAGCCCGAAUAUAAAGAGUGGGGAUUCUUGAAAAGACUAAGCUACCAAUACAUGGCGGGAUUUACAGCCCGUUGGAAAUAUUAUUUCAUAUGGUCUAUUUCAGAAGCUUCCAUCAUUAUUUCGGGUUUGGGUUUCAGUGGAUGGACCGAUUCUUCCCCACUCAAGGCAAGAUGGGAUCGUGCCAAAAAUGUUGAUGUCUUGGGUGUCGAGUUUGCCAAGAGUGCGGUGGAGAUACCGCUCGUUUGGAAUAUACAAGUCAGCACUUGGCUUCGUCACUAUGUAUAUGACAGACUUCUUCAAAAGGGGAAGAAAGCUGGUUUCUUCCAAUUGCUUGCAACACAGACUGUUAGUGCUGUAUGGCAUGGAUUAUAUCCGGGGUACAUCAUAUUUUUUGUUCAAUCGGCUUUGAUGAUUGCUGGUUCAAGAGCCAUUUACAGAUGGCAACAAUCCGUUCCCCCAAAUAUGGGGAUUGUUAAGAAGAUAUUUAUGCUUAUGAACUUUGCGUAUACGCUUCUCGUCCUCAACUACUCCUGUGUCGGUUUCAUGGUAUUAAGCCUACACGAAACACUCACGGCAUACGGGAGCGUAUACUACAUCGGGACUAUUAUUCCUGUGGUUUUGAUCCUUCUCGGUAACGUAAUCAAACCAAAGCCGGUUAGAUCCAAAGCCCGAAAAGUAGAGUGAGAAAUCUGUUUGUAGCAUCGGUCCGCUUGAUAACACCUUAGAAUCGUUCUUAGUUGUUGUAUUCGGAUUAAACUUUGUGUUUUCGGAAUCUUAUUGUGUAUUAUAUAAUUUGUCUGAUAUCUGAUACAACUGUUGUUCGAAAUGGUAAUUGGUAUGUUGAUAUUUUCA